GAGGCAUAAAUAAUACCUAGUACAAAGUUUUUUUUUUUUUCAAACCCACAAUUUAAUCACAUUUGUACAAACUUACAUCUGUUAUACAAGUAUGACUCCACAUUAAUCCAUUAUUAGACUCUGGUAAUCUGCUGGUAUAAUUAGCAUUUCAAUUCUUAACUCUCCAAUUUUUACCUUCUUUCCAUAAAUUUCCAUGUAAAACCAAAUUAGAUUCUAUUUUCAUAGCAUGACCGCCAUGACACACAUCAUGCUCAUGCAGUCCUGUGUGUAUAAUCUCACAAAUUCAAAUUAAACCCUAAUUGUUGAUUUACAUACAUACAUCAAAGGUCAAAUUCAUGAUAAACUGAUAACCAAAAACACAUAAUCAACAUAAAUUUGUAUUCCCCCCCCCCCCUCUUUUUUUUUUUGAAAGAUCAAUCAAAAUUUUAAUUCAGUAAAUUUGUUUACAACAACAUCCCCAAGUAAUUUUGAGUUUUUUUUUUUUAAAAAAUAAUAAUAAUUUUGAGGUUUAAAAAAUAAAAAUAAAAAUAAAAAACUGCUCUAAGAAACAGAGGAGAGAGAAAAUAGAAAUCUAGAACAAUGGAAGAAUGCAAUGAUCAAGUUCCCAAACCUUCCACUCUCAGAUGGAAAAUUCUUCGCAAUGCCCUUCUUUGUCGUUCUCAAUCUGACGAAAAAUCUGAAUCACAAGAAAUAAUUAAUCGCAUUUCGAGAAAAGGGAAAGGAAAUCAAAGUUUUGAUUUGAUCCCAUGUCAUCUUCACCCAAUUUCCAGCGAUAAUUUUGAGGUUGAGGGUUUAACAAUGGAUGCUUGCUAUUGUUACUCUUUGCCCACUUCAAAAAAUAUUGAUCCUAAUCUCUUUCUUUUUCAAAGGAGGGACAAUUGUGCUAGUAUCAGUGAUUUUGAGAUCUGCAACAAGUAUGACAUUGAUAACACUGGUGUUGUUUGUCCAUGGCCUUCAGAGGAAGUUCUUUCAUAUUUUUGCUUGUCUCAUGCAGACAUGUUCAGAUCAAAAUCAGUUAUUGAGUUAGGCGCAGGAUAUGGUUUAGCAGGUCUAGUUAUUGCUGCUGCCUCUGAGGCAUCUGAAGUUGUGAUAUCAGAUGGAAAUCCACAAGUAAUUGAUUAUAUUCAGCGAAGCAUAGCUGCCAAUCCUGAAGCUUUUGGGAGUACAAAUGUGACUCCCAAAUUAUUGCACUGGAAUCAAGAUGAGGUUGAAACAUUAUCCCAUAAAUUUGACAUCGUGAUUGCAAGUGACUGCACAUUUUUCAAGAAAUUCCAUAAAGGCUUAGUUCGAACUGUGAAAUUGUUGUUGAAAGAUUCAUGUUUCUCUGAAGCUAUUUUCUUCAGUCCCAAAAGGGGUGACUCAUUGGACAAAUUUCUGGAGGAGAUAACGAAGGGUGGCUUGCGCUACAGCAUGUCAGAUAAAUAUGAUGAUAGGGUCUGGAUGCGUCAUCAGGAACUUAUGAAGGGUGAUCAAUCCUGGCCCAAUUAUGAGGCAAAUCACUGCUACCCCUUGUUGCUCAAAAUUUCACGGUAAUAGAUGACUUGCACUUGAAGUUUAUUGGAACAAUUUUAGUUGGUUAAUCGGGGGACUUGAAGACUUUCCAGCAGAUUAGAGCUGUCUGCUUCUAGAGAGUAUUGCUCAUUGGAAAUUAGCAAAAGAUAUUUUUGCGUGUACCCUUCCCUUCAAUCUUUAUGAUUGGAGCAUUAUUAAUCAAUUUUUAGAUUUGGAUUCUUUGAAAAAGAGAUGAAAUUGAUAGCAACUUAAGCUAGCGUAUACAGUAAUGUAAAGAUCUUGCAUUUGCAGAUGAUGAUACGAAGAAUACCUCAACCUUUAGUUUUGCAGACUGUUGAGUCGACGAGUUGUACUUCAUAUAAUGGUCAAUUUCUUUC